AUGCCGACUUUGACGCCGAGGGUGUUCCCACCAAGCUCGCGAACGGCGAGGAGCUCAGCAAGCAGAAGAGGAAAGACUUGGCCAAGGAGCUGGCCAAGCAGCAGAAAGAUUUUGAAAAGCUGCAGAAGCAAGCAGGGGAUGCAGGCGUUGACGCCUAUCUUGCAAAGAUGA